AUGAAAGUUGAUUUUUGUUGGUUUCCUGCAGAUGCAAUUAAAAGAGAAAGAAACAACGAAUACGACAUUUCACAAACCGCUGCCAAAUCUCCGAUACGUGAAUUAUCUUUUCGUUUAGCUUUUUAUACUUACUUUACAGGUCUCGAUUCUCCUCUGGUGGAGGGAAUCUUUU